AGAGCAAAGUGAAAAACAGAAGACGGGAACGAAAAUUAAGGACAAACCACACAGCAGGGCGUCGUUCAGCAAACGUUGACAUAGGGUGCAGGGCCGUUACAGUGGCAAGGAGGCACUGCUGCUUCAAAGCCCGGCAAACCAAAAGGGAAGAAGACAUGUUCCUCAAGACAGAAAUUUGAUCUGUGAGCAGGCCUUCAUUUUCAAUGAGAGCACAGACAGAGGGGGACUGAGAGUGAAAGGAGGAGAAUGGAGAGCAUGAACCUGUGUAGGCAACACAACUGAGACAUCAAGCUGGGCCUUAUCUGCAACUCCUGGACUGAUAACUGAACUCACAUACUCAGAUCUUGUUCACUGUAGAAGAGAGGAGGAACCAUGGGACCUGGAACAUGGAGUAUACUUUUUCUGUUGUGUCUGUCUCUCUGGAGCAGCAGCCAAGCCCUCGCCAAGCACCCCAUUCUCUCUCGGAUACGAAGAGCCCCAGAGGCCGGUGGAGACAACAAGAAGUGCUCCUACACCUUCCUGGUCCCUGAACAAAAGAUCACAGGACCCAUCUGUGCCGCCCGCGGUUACUCAACCGACAAGGACCGAGUGACACGUCUAGACGUGGCAGGUGUGCGAGAUCUCCUGUCAAAGCAGCGUCGGGAAAUGGAGACCUUGAAGCUGGUGGUGGAUGUAGAUGGCAAUUUGGUGAAUGAGAUGAAGCUGUUGAGGAAGGAAAGCAGGAACAUGAACUCUAGAGUGACUCAGCUCUACAUGCAGCUGCUGCAUGAGAUCAUCAGGAAGAGGGACAACUCUCUAGAGCUGGCACAGCUGGAGACACGCGUCCUAAAUGCUACGACUGAGUCACUACGCUUGGCCUCCAGGUACAGGGAACUGGAGGCCAAAUAUGCAGCCCUAUCUGCAAUAGUGAACAACCAGUCUGUGCUGAUUGGUGCAUUAGAGGAGCGAUGUAUGCAGGUGUACAGUCGUAGGCAUGAGCAGCCACCAGUGGGUCCUCCACUUGUGCAGGUGGUACCAGAAAACAUUCCUGUUAAUGUGCCUCGUUUCACCAAUGAGAUCCAGAGGGACAAUGCACGAGGGUUUGCCCGAGAGAGAGGCUCUCGCUCUGGGCCGUCACCAACAAGUGGCACCCUGGAAGUCCAGAAACCACCACAGAGGAACUUCAGUACUGAAGGCCCAUUCAGAGACUGUCUCGAUGCACAGGAAGCUGGCCACAGCACCAGCGGUAUGUAUCUGAUCAAACCAGACGAAGCAGAGAGACCAGUACAGGCCUGGUGUGAACAGGAUAUCGACAAUGGGGGCUGGACUGUCAUCCAGAGCAGGAGAGAUGGAUCUGUUAACUUCUUUAGAAACUGGGACAACUACAAGAGCGGCUUUGGCAACAUAGACGGGGAGUACUGGCUUGGUCUGGAAGGCAUCUACAAGCUGGGGAGACAGGGGGACUAUAAGCUGCUGGUGGAGCUGGAGGACUGGAUGGACAAGAAGGUCUAUGCUCAGUACAGCAGCUUCCAUCUGGAGCCUGAGAGUGAAGGUUUCCGUCUGCGUUUGGGUAUCUACCAGGGCAACGCUGGGGACUCCCUCAGCAGCCACAACGGAAAACAAUUCACUACUCUAGAUCGAGACAAGGACGGCUUUGCAGGUAACUGUGCCCAUUUCCAUAAAGGAGGCUGGUGGUACAACGCUUGUGGCCAAGCCAACCUGAACGGUGUCUGGUACACCGGAGGCGUCUACCGCAGCAAAUUUCAAGACGGGAUCUUCUGGGCCGACUACGGCGGAGGCUUCUAUUCCAUGAAGUCUGUUCGCAUGUUAAUCAGGCCCAUAGACUGAGGAGAUCCUGUAUGCCAGGCUGGUCCAGGAGCAGCUAUCGGAGGCCGGGGCAAACAUGAACCUCAUUGACCUCAAUAGUAACUUGAACUGCCUCUUUUAACAGACAUGGACUCUGUGUGAAGAUUGUUGUUUUUACAUCAUAAUAUAAGCACACAUAGAGGGAUUUAGGGUACAUUGUUAUUUAUCUUUGCCUUACAACUCUUAACCACCAAAUACACAUGAUGUUGAAGGGAAGUCAAGAUUAAUCGUCAAAGUAUUGUAGUUAAAAAAUACAAGAUGUCUGCCUUAUAAAGAAACCGCAGUUUUCCUUAUAAUAAGGUCACCUGGGGAGAGUAGGCGCCACUACUGCAGAACUUCAUGGGUAUUCAUUUCAUUCAUAAGCUUUAGUCUCAUGGGAUCUAUAAGCAGCUCUGUUAACCUCGCCAAAAUAAACAUGGGGACGUGGACACUCA